AUGGACUGUUUUGCAGAUCCAAAAGAUCCCAGGUUACGAACACUAGAAAAUUCGUUCAUGUUGGGACCACUACUGAUAUACUCAAGCACAGCAAAUGAUCUGGAUAGGGAUCAAGUGCAGCAUGUGUUGCCUAAAGGGAUUUGGUUGGAUUUUGACUUUGAGGAUUCACAUCCGGAUUUACCAGCACUAUAUUUGCAAGGUGGAUCUAUUAUUCCUUUUGGUCCUGCUAUUCAACAUGUUGGUCAAGCUAAGCCAACAGAUGAUUUAUCACUUCUUGUGGCUUUAGAUGAGCAUGGUAAAGCUGAAGUCUCCAGAACUGAAGGGUCAUGGAAGAGGCCAGAACGCCGUUUACAUGUACAAUUAUUACUUGGUGGAUAUGCAAAGCUUGAUGCAUGGGGGGUUGAUGGAGAGGAAAUUCAAAUUACAGUACCUUCUGAAAACGAUGUGUCUGAGUUGGUGUCUAUGAGUGCAAAACAAUACAAAAUCCGAAUAGAAACUGCUAAGCAUAUUCCAGAGGUGGAAAAGGUUUCUAGAGUAAAGGGAAUUGAACUUUCAAAAACUCCUAUUGAACUGAAAAGUGGUGUUUGGGCUCUUAAAGUGGUUCCUUGGAUCGGGGGAAGGAUUAUUUCGAUGGAGCACCUUCCUUCUGGAAUUCAGUGGUUUCAGAGCAUGGUUGAAGUUAAUGGAUAUGAAGAGUAUAGUGGUACUGAAUAUCGGUCAGCUGGAUGUUCCGAAGAAUAUACUGUCAUUGAGCGGGAUCUUCAGCAGGCUGGAGAGCAAGAGUCUCUCUUGUUGGAAGGCGACGUUGGUGGUGGACUGGCGCUGGUUCUGCUGGAUUCUCAAGGUAUUCGUGUUUAUGGUGUGAACUUGUUAUGGCAUUGCUUGGCUUGUAUCUUUUGGCUUGUUUGCUUGAGAGUGCAUCCAGUGUUCACACUGGUGCACCCUGCAGACUCUUAUGUCUAUUUUACAUCCAUUGAUGGAUCCAAACAUGAAGUUUGGCCAGAAUCUGGUGAGGAGACCACAUAUGAAGGGGACCUUCGCCCAAACGGGGAGUGGAUGCUUGCUGAUAGAUGUCUUGGCUUGGGAUUAACCAACCGGUUCAAGAUCAGUGAGGUUUACAAGUGUCUCAUACAUUGGGGAAGUGGAACAGUUAACUUGGAGCUUUGGUCUGAAGAUAGACCAGUUUCAAAGGAAUCACCACUUGGAAUUUCUCAUGAAUAUGAGGUGAAAAGAAUUGCAUAG